UUUAUGUCAAAUUUUUUUGCUAUUUUGUUUACUAAAAAUAUUAAGGAAAAAGUUUUUUAAAAAAUUCUGAAAAUGGAUAAAUGUGAAAUCGCACUUGAAUUAUCUAAUUUAAUAAAUUCUUGUUUAAUGCCCGAACUUAGGGUAGAUGUUGGUGAAGAAAACAUUUCUUCCGAUAAUUUUAGUGAGUUUAGGAAAAUUUUAGAUGGGAAUUUAAUUAUCGUGUUUGAUAUGAUACAAGCUAAUGAAGACUUACUCUAUGAAGAGGAUAGCAAUUGUAAAGAACUUCAGAUGCGUUUCAUAUUAUUGUUAUGUGAGCAAUCAUCGCCUUAUUCAAACCAAUGGCACCAAACAAGGAGCCAGCAUUUGCUUGAUAAUGUGAUAACGUUAAUUGACAAACAUUUUAAGAAAAUAUUAACUUUAGAUAAGGUAGAAAAAGAAAUUUUUGACCAUUAUAAAAGUAAACUAAAUGUUUCUUCAUGGAAAAGAAAUAUUGGAACUGUAAUUGGAUUUCAGCAGUACCUGGAUCUUAAAUAUAAUAAAUAUCACAUAAAAAUUACAAACGAUGCGGUAGCAUUUAUGUUAUCAGUUGGUUUACUUUUGCAAGAUUUUUUUGAUCCAAACUUUAAGGGAAUGGCAAACAAAAUAUUUAAAUUAAUUUUGUCAGAAACGGAUAAGGAUCAUUUAAUUAAAAUGAAUAUCAAUAAUUUAAUUUUUGAGGAAUUAAAAAGAGACAUUUACAAAUGUGAUUCUCAUGAAAAUCUGGAGCUUUUGUGGGAUAAUCUGAUUAAAUGUCAGAAAAUCAACAAUUUUUACACAUUUGAGAAGUUUACUGAUGUAGACUAUUUAAUAAAAGAUUUGUGUCACCAAAUUGUACUAGCAAAAUCGUUUGAAAUAUGGUUAACCCUCAUGAAAAAUUUGGUGAGACUCUUUUUAGAAUUUUCAUUAAAUACUUUCAAAGUCAAAAGUUUAAUUGUGGAAAAAGAAGAAAAUUGUCUGGAAAAUAUUUGUGAACUUCGCAAAGAAUGCCUUGAUAUUGAUCCUGGAAUUGCAUAUCGUUGGGCCAAAACAAUUAUGGAAUGUUUAAUAGCUGUAUCGAAUUAUUUGAUGGGAAUUUCUGGUAAAACUCUACAGGCUUUAAACAUAUUUCACAUAUGUUAUUUGGUUUGGAUUUUACCGAUGGAUAUAAAUAUUUGUGAUGACUUAUUAGAAAAUUUCUUUAAGAAGUUUUCCACUGUAUUAAUGGAAGUUGUUAAAUUAAAUAAACAGAAUCCAGUACUUUGCGAUGGUGUUAAUGAAUUUUUUAAUACCUUCAUUUAUCACAUUAAAAAUAAAGGGCAAAAUUUACAUGACGAUUCUAAAUUUAGAAAAUUCAUAACAACAUUUGAAGAAGUUAUCCUAUGUGUAAAUAAUUAUUUAAAGUUAUAA